GUGCGCAGCACGCACACACAGACACAGAGGUAGAAGAGGGCAGAUCGGCUCACAAAGUUGAGAAAAUGCCCCGCUUGCUCUCUCCCGCUCUUGCGCCAGAACUCCCUGACGACGGCGAUGGCAGCAGCUCAGGAGUCAAAAACGUGCCAUUACCGAUUGCGGAUCAGAUCAGACAUAAUGCUUUUGCAGAGCGAAUCACUCACGGAGAACAGCUGGCGGCAGCAGCAGCGCGGGCAACGACAGUGUGCGACAUCGGCACGGCACGGCACGGCACGGCCCCGCACGGCGCAGCUGAGCGCCGGCUGUCGUCGCAUCACCGUGUUGUGGUCGACAGCAGCCUCCUGAGCUUCGUCGUCAACGCUCUGAAGAAAAAUUUGCAGAGAUCCAGGCGGCAAGCGGGAGGGCGAGGGGGGAGCAAGAGCGGGAGGGCGAGGGGGGAGCAAGAGCGGGAGGGGGAGGGCGAGGGGGAGGGGGAGGCGGGGGGACUGCACGCGGGGAGGGGCGCGCAAGCGGCGGCGACGGAACCACAGGCUCGGGAGGCGCCAGGUGCGCGGAUCCCGUCCCGCCGUAGCGCGGACGCCGCGGAGUGCAGCAGAAGAGAUGGCGGUCGUUCGAUGCGUGCAUGUGGAGUGUGGAGGGGAGGGGAUGCGUGCAUGUGGAGUGUGGAGGGGAGGGGAAAUACGCAUUCCCCGACCACAGAGUGCCUUCUCCUCGCUCUCACACCCCCGCCAAAAUGAGACCCCCCCUCGUCACCUUAAAAAUGGAAAUGGAAAGACGUUGAGGGGGGUAUGAUUUUUUACCCAAAAUAAAAUUGGGAAAGGGCGGCAAAUGACCAACCCAUAUUGCCGAAGACUUCAGCAGCCAUGAAAUGAACCGUUGAUAAACAGACCUCACGAGCUUGAAGAAUCCUGGGGCAAGGUCCCACUUGCACGGAUUAAUAGAUUCUGGCCGUUGAUCUUCGAUAUCUACGGUCAAUAUCGCUUAAUUCGUGUCAGUGGGACCUAGCCCCUGAUGGCCCACCCCUACCACGCACCAAAUGUGAAAAUAAAUCUCAAAGCCGAUG